AUGGGCGACGCAAUGGAGAAUCUCCGUACCACCAACUCCAUUCGGCUGGAGAGGGCGCGCCAUGAAGCGGUGGACCGUGAGCGGUCAGCGCAAGCACAAUCACCUUACUUGGCUCAAGUGUCGACGUACCGUACGCGCACCCGUGCACUGGACCACACAAAGCUCAUGCAAGACCCCAAGAUGCAGGACUGGGCAGCCAUCCCAGGGGUCCGUCGAUACCUUCCAACAAAUGUACCAGACGGCGGGCCGCACAUCAACGUGAACGUCAUACGGUACAAGCGUGAUGCUGACUAUCUGAGCACAACGCCGUACGAUGGUGGCCCAAAGUAUAACGACGAGGUUUGCAUCAACAACUGGGUUCAGGAGCGGCGGGACAAGAACUACAAGUCAGGGUUCCAUCCAAAGGAGCUCCGCCGCGGGGGUCGCUUCGCCACGGAGUACAGUACUCGGUACUUGCCCAGCUCCCAGGAGUUUGUGGACCGGGUGACGUCGACCUACAACGCGUCGUCCCGGUUCCAAGGGCUCUCACGCAUCGGGCCCACUGGGAUCGCUGACCCGGUAUUCCCCAAGAAGGCGUAUGAGACAAGCGGCGAGCACGUGUUUUACGUGAAGGAUGGGUUUGGUGUCAGCCCGCACCAGGAUCACACGACGGAAACCAAAAGGGGGAGCUUCUGGGUGGGUACUGCGGCACCUGCGGAGCACGACACCGUCACGCACAGCACGAUGCGACGGGAAACGUUGGAGUUCCAGCGGAGAUGCAAAUCUGAAGACCCGCGAUCUCAAGUACUCAGCCGCAAUAAGCCGUUGCCGUUUGAGGAUGAGGGGACGCUUAAGGUUCGGGAGGGCCUCAAAGCAACGAACACCUUUGAACGGCAAUGGAAAACGAUUUACCAGUCGGACCACAUUGACUACAGCCGACGACCAGCGACAGUCAGCUAAGGAUUGAGUUACGGACAACUAGCACGAGAAUGGGAGCACAUAAGUUCGGACAAUGAGGGGUGGCAAUGCAUGGGUCAGGACGUGUAGUAUCCCGGAGGGCAUAUCACGGGAUCUGCAUCCGCCGAUCGGUACAAUUAUUAUGUCACGACUUUUUCAGAAAAGAACCGAACGGUGGAUGCAGAUCCAGUGAUAUGCCCAGGAUAGUACAGGACGCUGGUGGCCGGGGCCAUGAAAAGGCUCUUUUGGGUACUGUUUGACCUUGCGCUUGACGGCUGAUCACUCGCUGUCUGACACUGGCCUAACAGUACUACGCUUUUCCGCGUGAUAGUCAGCAACUGUCUAACAACGGAAAUCACGAACUCGACUCGAGGGCGGGGCCUUCAUUUCUGUAUUUGCGAAUCGUCUCGGCAAAUGACUGCUUGGCGAUGGUGAGGUUGUAGUAUUUCAUUGGCAGGAGUUGGCUUCGAGGUUAGGUAGCUGUCACGGGGGCAGGCAGGCGCGUAUGUGGCCAGAUGGGCUCCGUAGGCCUUUGUACGUAUGCAUGGUUGUCAUUUCGUAAAAUCCAGUUUUUCAUUACGUGCCGUAUCUUGAUGGUAUUGAUUCGUUGUUAUUGGGACUAUUGAUAGCAGGAACCUUGGCAGUACGAUUACAUUGCAGGAUGUGCAGACAGGUGAUUUGCGCUGCAGGGGUCUGAAUGAGCGAGUGGAGUGAGACGCAACCGGAUUCGCGCCAGCGCGUAUUGCACGCGCGAAUGAAUUGAAAAACAUUGCCUAUAAGGUAGUGACAAAUGGAUAUGGCCCCGGCGCAAUACACUAAGGCGCGACAUCGAGCAUUCACGUGUUGAUGUGGAUGUGUAUGUGUGUUACAUGGUCGUGGGG